AUGGCGCAACCAACAAUCACUGAACUAGCUGCGAUAAUAUCGGCAAAUACUGCCAAAAUUGAUCACUACUUAAGCAGUCAAGGCCCAAAGUCCCCAUCAUUCGAUGUUGACGCUCCUACCGAGCCAAUCGUCCCUUCAGAUGCUCCAGAACUCGAAGCUGCUCGAUCAGAGCUUACUGAUGCAACUUUGAUGCUUCAUGAUCUCAUUCUUGGGCCCAAGGAGUAUUUAAUGAAAUUAACCCAUGAUUGGCUCAUAAGCAUGCAAGCAAUUAGUCGCUUUGAUAUUACGAAAAGCAUUCCGAUUCAUGAAGAAGUUUCUUAUGCCGAUAUCGCAAAAAGAUGUAGUGUCAAUGAGCUUGACGUUCGUCAUAUUCUUCGUCAUGCUAUAAUUUUACGCCUAUGCAAGGAAUCGAAGAGGGGCGUUGUUGCUCACACAGCUGCAUCCAGGAUGAUAGCAGAAGAUCAGCAAAUAGCUGAUUGGACGGUUAACGCUAUAGUGAAGCAUCCGGGAUCCCAAGAGCUAAGUGAAACUACUGAUGAGCUUCUACAGUGGUUUGCGCUUGCGAAUGGUACGGAUAAAUCUGUAUCCGAAGUUUUGUCCCAGAAUCCAGCACGAGCAAAACGUUUUGGCAGUGCCAUGAAAGCUUGGACAGAGGGUACAGGAUACGAUCUUCAAUACGUCAUUGAUAACUACUCCUGGCAGGAGGUUGGUAAUGGUACUGUUGUUGAUGUUGGCGGCUCGCAUGGCUUUGCCUGUACACGACUUGCGAAAGCAUUCCAUGACCUCAACUUUAUUGUUCAAGAUCUUCCACCAGUAGUUGAAGCUGGUGCUAAGACAAUCCCCUUGGAGCCAUCAGACAAGAUCAAGUUCAUAGCCCAUGACUUGCUGAAAGACCAGCCACUCAAGAAUGCAAACAUCUAUUUCUUCCGAUGGAUUUUCCACAACUGA